AUGGCAGCUUUUCAAUCUCCUCUCUCUUUUGCUCUAGCAAUUGCACUCCUGUGUGGCUGCAUCCAUGCCCACAACGCUGGCUUCACUGUGGAACUAAUCCACCGUGAUUCACCACUGUCCCCCUUUUAUAACUCUCAAGAGACUGACCUCCAGCGUAUCAACAAUGCUUUCCGUCGAUCCAUUAGUCGUGUCCACCACUUUGACCCAACUGUUGCUGCUUCAGUCUCUCCUAACGCGGCUGAAUCUGAGGUUACAUCGAACAGAGGUGAAUACCUCAUGAGUUUAUCCUUAGGAACACCACCUUUUAAGAUUCUGGGUAUAGCAGAUACAGGUAGUGAUCUGAUAUGGACACAGUGCAAGCCGUGCGAGGGUUGCUACAAGCAAGUGGAUCCUCUUUUUGAUCCGAAGUCUUCCAAAACAUACAGAGACUUUUCUUGUGACGCAAGGCAAUGCAGCUCGCUGCAGCAAACUUCCUGCUCUGAUCAAAUUUGCCAAUACCAAUAUUCUUAUGGUGAUCAAUCGUACACCAAUGGAAAUCUUGCUGCCGAUACCAUCACUUUGGAUUCCACAGCAGGCCGUCCAGUGCAAUUUCCUAAAACUGUCAUUGGCUGUGGACACCGAAAUGAUGGGACAUUCAGUGACCAAGGUUCAGGAAUCUUUGGCCUUGGAGGCGGUCCACUGUCUCUCAUUUCUCAAAUGGGUUCUUCGGUUGGUGGCAAAUUCUCUUACUGUCUGGUGGAUCUUUCCUCCCAAGCUGGAAACUCGAGCAAACUAAAUUUUGGCAGCAAUGCUGCUGUUUCAGGUCCGGGAGUUCAGUCUACCCCAUUAUUAUCGUCAGACACCAUGGAUACCUUCUACUAUUUAUCUCUAGAAGCCAUGAGCGUUGGAAAUAAAAGGAUAAAAUUCGGUGGUUCUUCUUCCGAAACCAGUGAGGGAAACAUCAUCAUUGAUUCAGGUACAACUUUGACAAUAGUUCCAGAUGAUUUCUUCUCCGAGUUUUCUACAGCAGUACAAGAUCAAGUUAAGGGACAGCGUGCUGAGGACCCAAGUGGACUACUGAGUAUUUGUUACGGUGCUACUUCUGAUCUCAAGGUUCCUUCAAUCACUGCACAUUUCACUGGUGCAGAUGUGAAACUCGAACCCAGGAACACCUUCGUUCAAAUUUCAGACGAUGUUGUGUGCUUGGCCUUCGCCUCUACUCAAUCCGGUAUUUCAAUCUACGGAAACGUUGCACAAAUGAACUUCUUGGUAGGAUAUAACAUUCAAGGGAAGUCCUUGUCUUUUAAGCCAACCGAUUGCACCAAAAUGUAA